AUGUGGACACAGUUGUUAGAUGACUAUGUGGAAGCAGUGAACAGCCACGACACAAUGAAGUUUGCCAUUUAUUUCUCCCGAAUUCUCAAUGGUCAAGUCGAUAUGGGGAGGAUGGGCAGCAAGAUCGAUUUUAACCUUGUCAAUAAACGAAUCAAAUGUUCCAUUACAAAUGCCGGUAGUCCCUAUAGUGACAGCGAUUACUACCAGCAGCUCUUCCUUGCAAGUGCUGACCUUUGCAAAGUUCCAGACCUUGCAAGUGAUGAGGGAGUCAAAACACAGAUCGCCACCAUGAACUUACUCUCCAAACGUCUACUUGAUGAUCCCUCUCUCUAUUUGACACCUAUCAUUGUCCUUGUAAGACAUCUCCACAAGAUAGUCUGUUCAAUUGACACCCCUUACCCCAAUGGCCACUCGUCCCAGAUCGGCAUUAACACAUACAUCGAUGCCCUCCAACGGCCAUUUAAGAUGCUACUCUCUAAUAAAUCAGACCAUAAGGUGAACGUCUCUGCCGUGCAUAUCUUUGCCAUCCAUCUCUUCUCCGCUUAUUUCACACAUAACACAGUCAAUGCCGCCAUUAAUCUCUACAAGGUCCUCCAAAGCACCCUAUUAAGAGAAUCAACCUCCUCUCAUUUCGAUUAUCCCCCUCUUCUCCCAACAAGUGAGCCUCUCUUUAACUUCUAUCUUGCAAGAGCAGCCCUUGCACAGGGACACCAUUCACAGGCAUAUGCCCUCCUCAUAAGAAACAAACACAUGACUAAGAACCUGGCUUUGAAGACCCUCUACUACUUGCUUCCUCUAGAGUUCCUCCAAACGGGAAAAACACCAACUCUUGGCCUCUUCCAUAAAUAUCAACCUCUCCAGAUACUGGCCCCCCUCUAUUUGGCUAUCAAGAGAAGAUCCUUGUCUGAAUACAAUGCCCUCCUUCCCAAAUACGAGCCUCUUCUCUUACAAACUAGAGUUCUAUCCCUCUAUAGAGAAAUGGCAACACAAAUGAGCCUCCUCAUUGUUAAAGACGCUUUUAACUUAUUCAACUCCCCUCUCCCUCCUUCGAAUCAUAUCUCUUCUUCUACAAAUACGUCUUCUUCUACAAACACGUCUUCUACAAACAAGUCUUCUUCUACAAAUACGUCCUCCUCUACAGCAACUUCUGUCGUCACGGCCUCUCUUGGGAAACACAUUGUCCCCUUUCAUUACUUAGCUAAAGCAUUGAGCCUUCAAGAAAAUGAAUGUGAAUCGCUUCUCUGCAUUCUCGUCGCGUCGCAGAAAAUCAAAGGCUAUUUGUCGCACUCCCAAAAAUGUAUGGUCCUCUCAAAGUCAAAUCCGUUUCCAGCAAUUUCAGGUCAAGUGGCUGCUUCUCAAAGAUAA